AUGGGCAAAGGAAACCCUAAGAAGCUGAGAGGCAAAAUGUCAUCAUAUGCCUUCUUCAUGCAAACCUGCUGGGAGGAGCACAAGAAGAAGCACCUGGACACUUCUGUCAAGUUUUCAGAGUUUUCUAAGUGCUCAGAGAAGUGGAAGACUAUGUCUGCUAAAGAGAAAGGAAAAUUUGAAGACAUGGCCAAGGUGGGCAAGGCCUGUUAUGAAAGAGAAAUGAAAGCCUAUAUUCCUCCUAAAGGGGAAACAAAAAAGAAGUUCAAGGAUCCCAAUGCACCCAAGAGGCCUCCUUCAGCCUUUUUCUUGUUUUGUUCUGAGUAUCACCCAAAAAUCAAAGGCGAGCAUCCUGGCCUGUCCAUUGGCAAUGUUGCAAAGAAACUGGGAGAGAUGUGGAAUAACACCACUGCAGAUGACAAGCAGCCUUAUGAAAAGAAAGCUGCCAAGCUGAAGGAGAAAUACAAAAAGGAUAUUGCUGCAUACCAAACUAAAGGAAAGCCUGAUGCUGCAAAAAAGGGAGUUCUCAAGGCUGAAAAAAGCAAGAAAAAGGAGGAGGAGGAGGAAGACGAAGAAGAUGAGGAAGAUGUGGAGGAAGAGGAAUAUGAAGAAGAUGAAGAUGAAGAAGAUGAUGUUGAUGAAUAA